AGUUUAUUUAAAUGCCUGCUAGCCAUGGAAAACUCUAUUUGCUCUAUAUAAAGGCUCUUGCACAUCGUCUCCUUAACAAUCAGAGGGAGAACAAGUAUAGCAUCAUAGAGAGAGAGGAAAAAAAUGGGUUCUGCUCACAUCAUAUCCUCCUUUCUUUCUUGCUUCAUGCUCGUGCUUUUAUCCAUCAAUUUCUCAUCAUCUGCAAUUCUAGAAAUGAAGGACUCGGACAGAAUGGUCAAGGAAAUUUGUUCUAAGACCCAAGACCGUGUCUUUUGCAUGCAGAUUCUAGCAUAUGACCCGCCAACAAAGGGCGCAGCUCUCCUCAGGAGCCUUGCGCUGUUCUCUCUGGACCUAGCUCAAGCCAGUGCAAGCGAGACGCAGAUCGCAAUCCACGCGAGGAUCAACGACACCGGCGACCCGCAGCUGAGGGAGGCGUUUGCCGCGUGUUUGGCCGCUUACGGCACGGCCGUCUCCGCUCUGAGGGACGCGGACAAGUUCGUCGCUUCGGGGGAUUAUGUUAACCUGAGAACUCAAGCUUCAGGUGCUGCGGCUCAAGUCAAGCGGUGCCGAACUGCCUUGGAGUUCAAAGAAGAAGCAGGUCGAGCUUCAAUCGGUGUCAAGAACAAUGACUUGAAGCGUACUUGCAGCAUCAUCUUAGCUAUUUCAAAUCGUUUGCUUGCUCUGAAUUAGUUCUCAACAAGAGUUGUAUCAAUGCUGGGCCAAGUCCUAGGGCCAUGAAUAACAUCUAAAAAUCUAAAUAUUUCUCUACAA